CCGCCCCGCCGCUCCUCGCCUCACUCUCCUCUCUCCUCUCCCAGGCGAGAGGACCAGCGGAGGCACCUCUCCGGGUCUUAGACUGCACAGUCUGAGACUUAGCGAGAGGAGCCCUGAGGAGGCAGCCCUUCUCUCCCUUCCCAUCCCUUCUUUCUUGCUGGGCGAGGCGCAGGGCUUUAGAAAGUUCUCAAGUGGUCAGGCAGGUAGGUGGUUCCUUCCUCUCACCUCGCGGUGGGACCGGGACCUCAAAAGGUUCACCUUUUUGGGCUCCAGCAGCCCAUGAGCAUCGGAGCUGCUCUCUGCAGAGCCAGAGGGCAGGUCAGCUUCUCGGUGUGCGCCUAGGAUGGAUCGCAGGUCCCGGGCUCAGCAGUGGCGCCGAGCUCGCCAUAAUUACAACGACCUGUGCCCGCCCAUCGGCCGCCGGGCAGCCACCGCGCUCCUCUGGCUCUCCUGCUCCAUCGCGCUCCUCCGCGCCCUUGCCACCUCCAACGCCCGCGCCCAGCAGCGCGCGGCUGCCCAGCAGCGCCGGAGCUUCCUUAACGCCCACCACCGCUCCGGCGCACAGGCACUGCCCCAGUCCCCCGAAUCCGAAUCUGACCACGAGCACGAGGAGGCCGAGCUCGAGCCGUCCCUGCCCGAGUGCCUGGACUACGAGGAGCUCGACUACGAGAGCGACAGCGACAGCGAGACCACCGAGUCCGAGACCGAGACCGAGUCCGAGACCGACUUCGGGACCGAGCCCGAGACAGCCCCCGCCACCGACCCCGAGACCGAGCCCGAAGACGAGCGCGGGCCCCGGGGCGCCACCUUCAACCAGUCUCUCACCCAGCGUCUGCACGCGCUGAAGCUGCAGAGCCCCGACGCCUCCGCGCAGCCCUCCACUCAGGAGCCCCAGAGCGCCAGCGAGGGGGAGGAGCCCGAAGACAAGGAUCCGAGGGACCCCGAAGAGUCUGAGGAGCUCAAGGAGGAGGAAGAGAAGCAGCAGCCGCGCCGCUGCAAGCCAAGGAAGCACCCCCGCCGCGACCCAUCCCCGGAGUCCCCUUCCAAAAGGGGACCCAUCCCCAUCCGGCGUCACUAAUGGGUGACUCCGUCCAGAUUCUCCUCGUUUUCAUGGGUCCAGGCGCUGGAGAAUCUGGUAAAAGCACCAUUGUGAAGCAAAUGAGGAUCCUGCAUGUUAACGGGUUUAAC